AUGUACCAUUGCAGACCACUAGUGAAAAAGAUUUCAAAAAUAAGGUCAAUUAUAAGAAGAUUCUAUUCUUCACAAGCAGUCAUCUCUGAAUUAGAACAAAGAGAAUUAAUUUCUCAGAUAUCAAACCCUAAGCAUCAAUUAAUUGAAUCAUUAAACAAUGGAACAAAAAUAAAACUGUACUGUGGUGUUGAUCCAACUGCAAGUUCUGUCCACUUAGGUAAUUUAGUACCUAUGAUGGUUUUAUUACAUUUCUAUAUUAGAGGCCAUGACAUUGUCAAUAUUGUGGGAGGUGCUACUGGACAAGUAGGUGAUCCAAGCGGCAGAACUACAGAAAGGUCUGAAAUGGUCCAGCAAGAAAGAAACAAUAAUGUAGAAAAUAUCAGUCGUCAAUUAAGAAGAUUUUUUCAAAAUGGUAAAGAAUAUUAUUUAAGGAAACAACAAAAGAAAAGUAAGAUCACAGAUAUAAAAUCAGAUUUAAAUGGUGGUUUAGGAAGACACUUUGUUUUAAAUAAUUUAGAUUGGUGGAAAGAUGUGAAGAUGUUAGAUUUCUUAGCAAAUUAUGGAAAAUAUAUAAGAGUACAACAAAUGUUGUCUCGUGAUAGCAUAACUUCACGUCUUUACGCUACUAAAAAUAAUCAAAAUAUGAGUGAUGGAUUAGGUUUCAAUGAGUUUACAUAUCAAAUUCUUCAAGCUUAUGAUUUUUUCCAUCUAUACUCUAAAGAAGGCGUUACUAUUCAAGUUGGAGGUAAUGAUCAAUGGGGUAAUAUUGUUGCUGGUAUAGAUCUAAUCCAAAAACUAAACAACAAAAAUAAUGGAUUGAAACAGACGAAAUUAGGACCCUAUGGGAUCACUGUUCCGUUAUUAACAACUGCUAAUGGAACCAAAUUCGGUAAAAGUGCGGGAAAUGCAAUUUUCAUUGAUCCACAAAUGAACACACCUUUUGAUUUAUAUCAAUUUUUUUAUAAUACUUUAGAUGAAGAUGUCGAAAGGUUUUUAAAGAUUUUUACCUUGUUACCACAAGAAGAGAUUGAAUCCAUCUGUGAAAAACAUUCUCUAGAUCGUUCAAAACAUCUAGGUCAAUCUGUCUUAGCUAAAGAAGUAACUGAGUUGAUCCAUGGGGCUAAAGAAGCACAUGAUGCAGAAUAUAUUUCAAUAGUUUUAUUCCGUAAUUUAAGCACCAACUCUUCUUCCUCUACUAUCACCGUCACUACUGACAUUAAUGCAAAUACUUUAAUACCCAUUUUAACUAAGAUGGGUAUAUUAUAUAAGGGACAAAAAGAAUGGGAUCUUUUAAACUUAUUAGUGCAAAUAGCUAAAAUUUCACGUAAAGAGGCUAAAAGAAGAAUUGAACAAGGUAGUGUUUCUAUUGGAUUACAAAAAGGUAAUGUGGUUAAAAAUAAUAUUUUACCUAAUGCAUGGAAUAAACAUUUAUUAUCUGGCAAAUUAUUGAUAUUACGUUUAGGAAAACAAAAAGUUUAUCCAAUUUUAAUGAAAUAA